AUCCUCCCUGGACGUCUAUCCUGUGCUAGCUUUGGGAACAACCAGUCAACACUGAAACCAUCUGGGACGGUUCACUUGCUGUCGACAGCAGUCCACUUUGGCUGGUUGGCUCUUGCUUCUGAUCCGGUUCGAACCACUUCCACACUUUGUGGCCCUCGUUUGGUACAGUUGUGUACGAGUUCCAGCAACAAGCGUCGUCGGUUGGUGUCCGAAUAGACUGCAACAUCGUUGUGUUAUCGACUCCUGACCGGCUUUGACCAAGGACAGUUGUAUCAGGUUGGAAAAAGGACAGGCACGGCUUCAUCAGGACUGCAAAAAGACAUUGGAAGACGAGACUUUGGAUACAUGACCUCCUGGUGCUUGUCGACACUGUCAGAGUAUUUGCAGAAACACAAGAACUCGCUGUGGUUGCUUUCUCGCCAAGAGGCAAGUUGUCUAGAGACAUAUGGCAGACCACGAUCCUGACGCGACGCCGAGGGCGCUGAGAGUGAUGAACUCAAAUUGGAGCGACGACAGCACGAGUCAAUCUUCCCAAAUUACAACGGCAAAGAGUCGACGCUUCUCACUUCGUUCCAUCUCGGGUUCUUUAUCCUCACUCUGGGCAAAGGAAACUCUCUCUCGCUCGCACACGGAUUCUGACCAAGACUCGUCUUCCUACGGUUGCACCUCCCUUUCAGCCCGUCCCUCAAGCCAGCACGCCAAUCUCAACCCUGUACCAAGAAGAUUUCCCAUCGACGACGAAGACAAGUCAUCGACCUCACGCUCCUGCUCAUCUUCCGUCGCUCAUCUACGUGCAAAUCGCUACAAGAUCCGCAGGACAGCAAGUAACAGAACAUCCACUGACUAUCCUGACCGGUCAAGACAUUUUGCACAAUCACCAGCACUACGAAGGAAGUCUCGACGUUCUCCCGCUGCUCGGCUUCCCUUACACUCAAACCCAAGUCGAGGCAUUUUUCGGCGCGUCUUUUCGAAAGUCAUGGCAUCCAACGACAACCUCACAAAUGGAAAUCCUCAUGAUGAAAAUCUGCCAGUCGGUGAUUCUCCGUCUCCAUCUCACACCAACAGAAACGGUUUUCCAAACGUCGCGUCUCUCAACAGCAUCCUAGCCUCUGGUUCUGUCGAAACUGGUGAACCUAGCAACGCCUACCAGGGAACACCUAACCAGCAUCAUGCACGUUCUGGCCGACUCAGUCAGGUCAGCAAUUCAAGCGCCGCGACCAGUGCAACUUCACCUACCAGCGUGUUCAGUCUGCCGUCUGGCCGUCAAUAUCAUAACGCCCGAAACACGAAUCCACUCUAUGCUCCACCCCCUUCUCUCCACGAACGACCGCCAUCCAUCUCAGCUUCUGAGAGGUCCGCCAUUAGAAGAGGCGUGACGAGUAUUGAUCUUGCGCGGAUUCCGCUCCUGACGGCUAUAACGGUCGACUCUCAAGCUUUCAAAGCACACGAGGAUGGUCCAAAGUACAGGGCUACGGCUUACGCGAUCUUCAACAUCACAGCUCUAAAGCAAAAUCCUCUCAUAGCAACUGAGGGAUAUCAACCAAUGCAAAACUACCCAGGAACCUUGCUCGACAUUAAGAUUGGGACCGAGAUAUCGGGCCCUGGCAUUAAGCUAGGCGAGAUGGGUGCCCAGAGAUAUGCCAUGCUCAAUACGGGAGACUGUUGCGCCAUCGUCGUCCGAAUUGGUAUCAGAGAGGACAGUUUGGCUUCACGCCUGUCCACGUCGCUUCGUUCGCGCAACGGCAAUCUCGAGAAAUCGACCUCGGCGGUCCUGAUCGAUCAUUUUCUUGAUGUCCUUAAAAUGGACAAUAACAAGCACGACGAACCAGUUGUCGUCUCGGCAAUCAUCAAGUACAGACACAACUUCCUGCCCGAAGCCACAUUGUUGGAGACGAGGGCUUCGUGCACGAUCAAGACAUUUGAGAAUACCCGAAUCGAAACUGCCUUCCAAGCUGCAAAACGUGGUAAGGCACGAGCUCGAGGACCAGAAAGCAUCAUCAAUUCCAGCGACGAUCUGUCCCUGGACGCCCCCCUCGCCACCGCUGUCGUGCGUGCUCUUGACCCCGGCGUUGACGCUGUUGACAUGGUCACUAUUGAACGUGUGGCUGGCCAGAAGGGCCCCUCGAUCCCACCCACUGACGCCUUGAAGUUGAUCGAGGACUUCCGUGUUGCUUUCGUGUCGGCCGCAGACAAUCCAGACCUUGGAAGUCUGGAAGACUUCUACAGCAAGGCCCUUGCGGGCGAUCGCGUCGUGCCGGGUGUUCGCUCUCUCCGCCAUCGGGCGAGAGGCGUGAUCAAGAAGCUCUCGCCGCGAAAGGCGACCAGUUAGGAACAUGGCAGCGAUGCCGAUGCCGACCAGGGGGCCGAUAGGGCUGCCCUGGUCUGGCAGCAUAUGAGAGAGAAUUCCGGGCUGAGCGACGACGAGGAUAGUCGUGGGUUGGCGUACUGGGGACCACCAUGGCUAUAGAUAGCCGAAUUCGAUUCCAUUCCCCAAGACUUCGUUUGUUGCCUUUUACAUUCGUGUUGGCCUUGGAAGUGCCUCCCGUAGCAUUAACCUUUAGGUGUUUCCUUGAAAGCCACACUUACGCCCUGUUUUUCGGCUCAUCUUUGACGCUCUUGGCAGUAUGAAUCCCA